AGAAAAAAAACCAAUAAAUAAAGAUUCCACGACCACAAUUGCAAACCCGAAAAUUUCGUCCACCGUCGCAUAUCUCCGGUUGAUUUCCUCGUUCGGCCACCGGCGAGAAAAUGACGUCUUCAUCACCGAAGUCUUUACCAGGUUCUGCAACUAAAGACAUCGUUCUUGGAAAUCCCAUCCCUCCCGAUGAUGACUCUCCGGUACACUGAUGAUGUUAAAACGUUCAUCACUUCACCUCUGCAACCAGAUUUUGUAGAGAUUUGCUGAUUUUGUACAGAGCUUUCAAGGAUGGGGAAGACGAAUGUAUUAUCCAAGAUUAGAGCUUUCAAUGGCGUCAAUAGACCCAUCUAUGUGUUGGCUGGUUUGGCUUUUCUUAUCUCUGUUGCUACAUUAGCUAAGUUCAACUACAUCACACCUCUACGCUUCUCUGAUCGGUUCUGUAACUCUCACGGAAGCUUUGAGGGGGACAACUAUAAUAUCGGAAGCCAAAUGAGGAAGACGAUCGAAUCCGCCAUUUUUAAAAUCCACCAAGAAAUGGAUGAUCUCAAGGCUUUAGAAGCUAAUUCUUCUUCAGCUUCUGGAUCUAUGUUUAGGCAUGUAGCUUUCCUUGCGGAUGUUCUUUCACUGGUCCAGUCAGUUCAUUUGGACUUGCCUUCGUUCGAAGAGAGAUUCGUAGAUCAUCCCUUGAAGCAGCUGAACGGUGACCCGGGAGAGCAUUUCAUGAGAGAGGAGAUAAAGAAGUACAUAAAAAUCAAACCAAACCGGCUUGGGAAGCAGAACUUCAUGGGAGCUAACGGAACAUUCACCUCGAUCGGACACGCUUGUUUCGCGAUGAAGAAAGAUCUUGAAGAGUAUAUGGACUACGAUGUUGGCGAAAUCUGCAACGACGAUUGGAGGUUAGCUCAGAAGCUUAUGGUUCAUGGAUGUGAUCCUCUUCCUAGAAGAAGGUGCUUCUCCCGUGCACCGCAGUUGUAUCACAAACCGUUUCCGAUCAACGAGUCUCUAUGGAAGCUGCCGGAUAAUAGGAAUGUGAGAUGGGGGCACUAUAAGUGCAAGAACUUCGCUUGCCUCGCUAGCAACACAACAGCACGAAAAGGGUUCUUCAAAUGCACUGAUUGCUUCAACCUCACGCAUCAUGAAUCGCCUAGAUGGCUUAACCGAGGAGAAAUCGAUCCUGAGACGAACCAAACUGCAGAUUUCUCGAUAGCCGAAGUACUCGAGAUUAAACCGGGAGAGAUGAGAAUCGGAUUGGACUUCAGCAUUGGCACGGGAACUUUCGCAGCGAGGAUGAGAGAACAGAACGUUACGAUUGUAUCAGCAACCAUCAACCUCGGCGCUCCAUUCAACGAGAUGAUCGCUCUGCGCGGUUUAGUCCCGUUGUAUCUAACCGUGAACCAACGGCUACCGUUCUUUGACAGCACGCUUGAUAUGAUUCAUACGACGAGGUUUCUUGAUGGAUGGAUCGAUCUAAUACUUCUUGAUUUCGUGCUGUUUGAUUGGGACAGGGUUUUAAGACCAGGUGGAUUGUUGUGGAUCGAUGGCUUCUUUUGUCUCAAAGAGGAUUUGGAUGAUUAUGCUGAAGCUUUCAAAGCGUUGAGGUAUAGGAAACAUAAGUGGGUUGUGGUGCCUAAGAAAGAUAAAGAUGAUAAAGAAGUUUUCUUCUCUGCUGUGUUAGAGAAACCUCCAAGACCCUUUAGAUGAUUGACCAUUAUUCAUUGCAUAGGCUAUGUGUGUUUACAAUAUUGUCUUUGUACUAAUAUUCUUACUGUAUUAAACAAAAAAUUACAGAAAAUGUCAAAAUAAAUUGAGAUGUAUUUUUAGUUAUAUGUUUUGUAAUGAAAAAUAUGGAAGAUUCCAUUAUGAUGCGGUAACUUAUGU